AUGGCACCAAGAACAACUUUCUCUGCCCAAGUUCGACAAUCCAUGAUCCCAAACGCCUUGCGAUCUUACCUUGCUGAGUUUAUCUCCACUUUCAUCUAUGUCUUGGCUGCCGCCGGAUCCGCCAUGGCGUCUCGGAAAUUAAUGCCAGAUGCAAGAUCAGAUCCCUCUAGCCUGGUGGUUGUAGCCAUAGCAAAUGCAUUUGGCCUAGCCUCCGCUGUUUAUAUCUCAAGUAGUGUUUCCGGUGGCCACGUCAACCCGGCCGUCACGUUUGGGAAGGUUGUAGGGUGUCACAUUCCAAUUCCUACCGCCCUUUUCUACUGGAUUUCCCAAAUUCUUGGUUCCGUCAUGGCUUGCCUUCUCCUUAAGAUCGUCACUGUUAAUCAAGUAAUUUUACUUUCAAUAUUUUCUACUUCCCCUCUUACAUUUAGUUAA